UUAAUGCCUAAGGAUUUUCAAGUUUGCAUAACAUCUUACGAGAUGUGCUUAAUUGAAAAGGCAGCGCUUAAAAAGUUCGCUUUCCAAUACAUAAUUAUUGAUGAGGCUCAUCGUAUAAAGAAUGAAAAUUCGAUGCUAUCACAGAUUGUCCGAGUCUUCAAAUCGCGAAAUCGAUUGUUGAUUACGGGCACACCGCUUCAAAAUAACCUUCAUGAAUUAUGGGCUUUAUUAAAUUUCCUUUUACCAGAUGUAUUUAGUUCAGCGGAGGAUUUUGAUUCGUGGUUUAGCUCUCAGGGUGGAGAUCAGGAUAGUGUCAUUCAACAGUUGCAUAAGGUUUUGCGACCUUUCCUUCUCAGGAGAAUAAAAUCUGACGUGGAAAAGUCAUUGCUGCCUAAGAAGGAGAUUAACUUGUAUGUUG